AUGGGCCCGUUCGUCGAUCCGUCUGCGAAAGACCUCAUGGAAAGGCUCUCGCGCUGGAGCCUCUCCCAGCACGAACACGCAGCGGAAUUCUACCAUGGUCCAGAACACGCGAAAGAGACCAAAAUCACGCCCGAGAGCGCAUUCACGGUGUUAGGAUCUCCACUCCAUUCACAACAACUUACACCCCGCGACCUUCAAAAGGCCACAGGUCAAAGCGAACAACCCUUCGUAGACAUUUGGGACCGAAGAUGGAGCGGCCUUGUGCUUCAUAGUAUCGUCGUCGGCAUCGUCAGCACCGUCCUACCGCUCUGCGUCUACCCGUUUCUCACGUGCAAUAUCAACAUGGAAGGCACUCAGACGCUUUCAGCUCGCACACUACUGGGACUUCCGUAUGCUCUUAAGCCAGUGUUCACGCUAUUCACUCACUGUUUCCCCCUACCAAGCGGCUGUCGUCUCCGUUCUACGAUGAUUCUAGGCUGGACGGUGACGGCUGUCGCGUUGAUCGCUAUCUUCUUCCAGGAUCAACCAACGCCUUAUUUCCAAGACCGCGAGCUGGUCGGUACACCACUCAGCGAGUUGUCAACGCAACAGAUGAAUAGCAUUAACCUUGACGCUCCGUCACACGGCGCCUUCUACGUUAUGCUCAUGUCGAUAGCUUCGGUGGGGUAUGUCUUGGCAGACGUCGCAGCUGACGAAUUGAUCCGUGAUGUCGCGACGCACCACUUCGAUGUGUUUAGCUCUCAGCGAGACGAAGACGUGGUGCUUCAGCCUGUAAUCACCAAGUACCGGGUCUUUGCCAUGCUAGGAAGCUUCCUGUUCAUGGGUGUUGGCAUGAGCGGAUGGGACUAUGGCGGAGAUUUCGAUUUUACGCUGGAAUACACUCAGGUGAUGCUGUUAACGGGGAUAACCUCACUGCUGCUUGUGCUUUCGCUCAGUUUCACGGUGAGUGAAUCCCCACGUGUUCGUCACUCGCUGCGUCAGUCACUAAGCGAAAUUUGGGGGUUCAUGCAAAACUGUGGACUCAACCGCGUGCUCUUGUGUCGAUUUGCCGGAGGUGUUUUUGCCGGAGUGAGUGCUACGGCAGUGAAUCCGGUCGCGUUCUACUAUGCUGGAGUGCAGCCUCUGAACGAUACUGUCGUGUCCUUCGUGGCCAUUAUUGUUGUAUUAUGGGCUCUCAACUGGGUCGGCAAGAAGGAUUGGAGCGUGGAUUACCGUGCUGUCAUUGUCGUGGGCACUGUGGUGGUGCUAGCACUGGAUUUGGGCGCUACAAUGUUCACGAUUUGGGACAUCGUGCGCAGUCAGUGGUUCUGGAUCGGUUUGCCAGUGAUGGAGGCGAUCCCGUCAGUUCUUGACUACACCAUUUCGACCUUCGUGCUGACCGAAACGGUGGACCCAAGUAGGCGUGCUACCGUGAGCGGAUUGGUGACGAGUGUGUCAUUCCUGGCUGGUCCACUGGGUCUCGCUAUAUCCAAGUACAUAGAUGCUCAGUUUGACGUAACAAACCAGGACAUUAUGACCGACACGGCCGAGGUGCGGGAGGAAAUCAUGGCUACGUUCCUCAUCGCGUACGGGAUGCAGUUGUUAUCGCUGCUCUGGUUGCUAUCACUUCCCAAGAGUGCCAACGAGUCACGCGCGCUGAAAACUCGUAGCGGUACAUCAACAGCUCGAGCUGUGGGCUUGUUAGUCUUACUAGGUUUAAGCCUCAUGUUUGUGGCGACGGUGCAUACGCUUUCGGUAUACGAGCCAACGUCGUGUAUGCGUGUGGCCGGAGGUAAAGGCUGCUGA